UAUCAGCAGUAACUCGCAGAAAAAGAUAAACACAACCAGUUCACUGCUAAGAAAAACCAUAAAAAUUAGAUCCCGUUGGGAAUCGAAUCGGAGCAACCAGAGAGAGGGGCGAGAAACAACUCGCGACCAGCCUCAGCCUCGUCGCCAAUAGAUCCACCGUCCACUUCCCCCAAGUGCUUCUCCCAAGUGCACCGAGAACGGGCUUGGGAGCUAAACCCAGAACGCAGCAGCAGCCUUUUGAACGGCGGCCCUAAAUCGUCCUGGAUCGGCGCGACCGUAUCCUGUACACUGCAGCGGAGCGGCAGCCGGCUGGGCAGUCAAUAAGGAUGGAGUCCUGGGCCAGCCGGCGGCCGCGUCACUUGGUACACCUCGGCAGACGAGAUGCGCCGGGCGAACGCAGCGCCGCUGCAUUGACUCGCCGAGGAACGACGCCAUGCUAACGCGAGUCGACGACGCCUUCAGCUGACAGUCCACGCCGCGCGCUGCAGGCCAACAUGCACCAGAUGCAGCCCAGUGGGGCGCAGCGCAGUGCGGCGCAGCCCCCGGCCGACGAGCCAGCGCCGACGGACCCGCGCGUCGUGCCGUCCAUCUCGCUGACCCUGGGCACCCCAGAGCCGUCGGGGCCCUCCAGGACGAGCACGGCGCCGUCGAGCUGCUGCGAGGCCGAGCCGCUGGCGGCCCUGGACCACGGCCACCACCACCACGGCGACGCGCUGGCCGGCGAGAACAGGCACCUCGACGGAGACGCCUUCAGCGACGCCCCGGACCGCUACAUCGACGACAACGACGAGGUGGAGCUGGAGGAGGACGACGAGGACGAGGACGAGGGCAUCCACUUCGGCGCGGGGCCUGACGGCAAGGCCCCCGAGUACUCGGCGCUGCUGUCGCCGCCGGGGCUGCUGGCGUACCCGGAGCGCGGCCACCGCCUGGUGCCCCAGACGCACCUGCAGCGCCUGUACCUGCACGCCGCCCCCGCCUCCGCCACGUCGCUGCUGCUCGACUCGCCGCUGGUGGUGACCCAGCCCGGCGCCGAGCCCACCAAGCUGUUCCGCGUGUCCACCAACAGCAGCGUGCUCAACGCCAAGCCCGUCAGCAGCGACGGCAGCCGCAGCGGGCGCUACCCUAGUUCGCAACGGAGACUGCGGCGGCGCGCCGUGCUCAAGAAUGGCGAGUGCAACGUGCUGCAGAGCAAGAUCUCCAACAUGAACCUCCGCUUCCUGCAGGACAUCUUCACGACGCUCGUGGACGUGCAGUGGCGCUGGACGCUGCUCGUGUUCUCGCUGUCCUUCUUCCUGUCCUGGCUCACGUUCGCCCUGAUCUGGUGGCUCAUCGCCUUCACGCACGGCGACCUGGAGGUGGAGCACCUGCCCGAGAUGCAGGAGGAGAAGGGCUGGCACCCUUGCGUCGCCAACAUCCACGACUUCGGGUCGUGCUUCCUCUUCUCGGUGGAGACGCAGCACACCAUCGGAUACGGCGGCCGCGCCACCACGGAGGAGUGCCCCGAGGCCAUCUUCGUCAUGUGCCUGCAGAGCAUCGUGGGCGUCAUGAUCCAGGCCUUCAUGACGGGCAUCGUGUUCGCCAAGCUGUCGCGGCCCAAGAAGCGCACGCAGACGCUGCUGUUCUCGCGGCAGGCCGUCAUCUGCGUGCGCGACGGCGAGCUGUGCCUCAUGUUCCGCGUGGGCGACAUGCGCAAGUCCCACAUUGUGGGCGCCAGCAUCCGCGCGCAGCUCAUCCGCACCAAGACCACGCAGGAGGGCGAGACCCUGGCGCCCUUCCAGCACGAGCUCACCCUCUCGGCGGACGACUGCGGCUCCGACCUGUUCUUCAUCUGGCCCACCGUCGUGGUGCACAAGAUCGACAGCGCCAGCCCGCUGUGGAACAUGUCUGCCGUGGACAUGAUGCACGAGAAGUUCGAGAUCGUCGUCAUCCUGGAGGGCACCAUCGAGACCACCUCGCAGACGACGCAGGCGCGGUCGUCGUACCUGCCCGUGGAGAUCUUGUGGGGCCACAGGUUCACGCCCAUGGUGACGUACUGCCGGGAGCGGCACGGCUACCAGGUGGACUACAGCCUGUUCCACUGCACCACGGCCGUGGACACGCCGCUGUGCUCCGCCAAGGACCUGGCCGCCUUCCACCGCCACCACGCCGCGCUGCCCGAUUCUCCAACGGACACGUCGCCCUCCGGGACGAACGCCGCGGACCCCAACAUGCUGGCCGUGGCGCUCCCCAACUCCAACAACACCCUCGUCAGCCUGUGAGGCUGCGAGGCUGCGAGGCUGCCGUGCCACGGCCCAGCGAUCCACGCGCGGGGUAGCGCCGGCCCCGUGCCGACGGCCCCAUGGCGUCCCGGCCGACGCGGAGUAUCGAAGCAGCGUGACGAGACGACGCGGCCGGUGAGCCGCCUAGUGUGCGAGCGAUGUCGUUGUUCUGCACAUUCCAAGUGUUUCCCCACGGACUACUUUCGUUUGUCCGAUUCCUCUGCAAAGACUGGCUAGUGAAUAACUACUUGUACAUUCUACCUGUUAUUUUGGUCGGGUUCCUUUCCGGGUGCCGAUCGCGGUUGCCUAGCAACGCGGCGCGGGAGAGGCUGCCUCGAGCGCAGCCCGCAGCCCGGCAACGCGCGGGCGAGUGGCUCGCCGACUGGUGAUGUGAUAAUUCGUAGCAAUUAGUGACGCGAUAAAAAGAACAAGUACCUUCCGCCGAGCGGAGGAUAAUACUGUGAGUUAGGGAACAAGUGAAUUCAAAUAUUUAUAUAUAAAUCUCUAUUUUAGAUAUAUUUAUAAUACUACAUAUUAUAUUAAUGAAUGUUGCUGAUGAUGUAGAUAAGUAGAGUGUAACGACCUCGUACUCUAGAAAGACACUAUCUGUAAUUGAGAAAAUGUUUCUUUGCCUGUAAGAGUUUCGUUGAUUUGUACGACAAAUAUUUAAAUGUGUUUGUGUGGAAAAAAUAAGAAAUUUUUGUGAGGAACCAUUUUA